ACCUCUUGUGAAACAAUCCAGUGGCCACGAUUUCAUGCCACUUAAUGAACUUACGUUUUUUUGGGGUUAGUCUUCGUUAAAGUUGAAUGACAUCGCUCAAAAUGGUUAGGACAUUAAUUUCAUCGGCAAUCAAAGGGGCUGAAUGCUCAAAAUACGAGGAUGCCGUGAAGAUGUUGAACACGCUGCAGACCAAUGCACAGACCAUUGAGAAAAUCCGACAGGAACGAGACAAGAAUGCCCACCUGAAUAUUCCCCGUAUGCUGAACUACGCCUCACGUGUUGGAAUACAGGAGAGCGACAUGAGUCGUCUGAAUGUGAUUCACAUCAGCGGCACGAAGGGCAAGGGAUCAACAUGUGCUUACUGCGAGAGUAUACUGCGUCACCAUGGCUACAAGACUGGUUUCUACAGUUCACCACAUCUUGUCGAGGUCAGGGAGCGGCUCAAUGUUGGAGGACAGCCGAUAGAGUCUGAAAAGUUUGCCUCAUAUUUCUGGGAAGUUUAUCAUAAGCUGGAUUCCACAAAGGAUGCUGGUGAUGGAACAAUGCCCAACUACUUUGGUUUCCUGACUGUGAUGUCCCUGUAUGUGUUUCUACAAGAGAAGGUGGAUGUAGCUAUCAUGGAGGUGGGAAUCGGAGGGGAGUACGACUGUACCAACAUGAUCAGGAAUCCCGUGGUGUGCGGAGUGACAUCUUUGGGGCUUGAUCACGUCUCCAUUCUGGGGUCAACUAUAGACAAGAUUGCCUGGCACAAAGCAGGCAUAUUCAAGCCUGGAGUCCCAGCUUUCACUGUUCCGCAACCUCCGGAAGCCAUGAGAGUGCUGGCGGAAAGGGCACUGGAGAAAGGGACUGUAUUGCAUCAGUGCCAAGACCUUGGUGCAUACAACCGGAUCCUGAAGCUGGGAAUCAAGGGGUCAGUCCAGACACUGAAUGCAGCACUGGCCCUUCAAUUAUGUCACACCUGGAUGAUGAAAUACAAAGAGAGGUGCAUCACUAAUGAAUCACGACCCCAAGAGCAAUCAGAUAUGAGCCUUGUACCAGAGUCCACAGCUUCUAUCACAGCUUCCGCCAGCCAGAUGGACAUCCCCACUGUCUCCCCGAUAACUCUUACACAGAAUGACAUUAAAGGCCUGGAGGAGUGUGUAUGGCUUGGCAGGAACCAGGUGAUCAAUGUCUCUGGUGUCUGUUUCUACCUGGACGGGGCUCACACGGUAGAAAGCAUACAGCAAUGUGUGGAGUGGUUCAAAACAGAAACAGAGGCGGAAAAAAGCAACUACAGGGACGGUGUCUAUAGGAUUCUCCUAUACAACUGCACUGGUGACCGGGAUUCCUUCACUCUGAUGAAGCCAUUAGUGUCUUGUGGUUUUGAUGCAGCACUGUUUUGUCCUAAUCUGGCGUAUGAAAUUGCUCUCAGUGCAGAUCAAACAAACAAUACGGUCACCAAAGAAAGCCAGUGCAAGCGCUGUGUCACCAACAAAGAAACUUUUGAUGAUCUCUUACAACAACAGCAGAAUAUAGGUGGUAGUAACAACUUGGAGAUGGGUACCACAGGCAACAAAGCGGAAUGUCAGUCUCUAAUUUUCUCGUCCAUUUCGGAGUGUAUAAACUGGAUAUGCAAACGAAAGUGGGAGGAAAACAGGGUAGUGAGUGAAAAGCUGAGAAAAGGCGAUUUACUCAACAACUCCAAAGUUUCUAUAAACAGGGACUGGACAGAUGAGCCAGUUAUGAAUGGAACCUGUAUCUCAGACACCAAAGUGACCAAUAAAGUGGAGUCUGGUCAGGGGCUUCAGAAUAGUGAUGAGGGUGUAUACAAAUAUUCAAAUCAUGCGUCUGGAGAUGCUGACAGACGACAUGUGGAAGUCUUGAUCACUGGAAGCCUGCAUUUGGUUGGCGGAGCUUUAAGGGUCUUAUGGGAUAGGCAGCUGGAAUGAAGCCUUUGAAAAGUGAUAUAUUUUUUAUUCUUGUGUUGUUGUUUUUUGCUCAGGAAACUUUAACAAAUUACGAAGUAAUUAUAACAAUACAGUUGAUUGCGUUAACAUGUAUUUGAGCAUACAUUCGAUGAUCGCAGGUUCGAUCGCUGGUCCUGCAAUGUAAGUUGUGUGGGUAUUUGUCAUGAAAUUCUUUCCACGACCAAUAUUCCCCUACAUGUGGAUCAGGAUGGACAAUUGUCAAUUACUGGUAUAAUAAUGUGCACUUAAAACUAGUUAAACCAGCUAAAUCAGGUGUAGUGGAAGUCCGUUAAUUUACCGGCGUGAUAUGACUGAAGUGCUCUUGAAAACGGCCCCCCACAAUUUUAUUUUAUAUAAGAGUAAUAAAAAACACACAUUUACAAGUGAGAUAGAUACCAUAGUAGUUUUGUGACAUUGUUUACAUACUCACCGAAUUUUGUAAUGUGGGUAAUACGUAAAUUGAAUAAAUUAAAAAUACAUGUAUCUAA